ACUCCCUCCCCCCCUCAAAAAACAAGAAUAAGAGAGUUUAAAGAAUAUUAAAGAAAUGAAGCUCUGGUUCUUGGCAAUACUUAGCUUGGCCUCCAUACUUGGCAGCCUCGCACAGCAAUGCGGUAGCCAAGCCGGGGGAAAGACAUGCCCCAAUGGGCUAUGCUGCAGCCAAUUUGGCUACUGUGGUUCCACCUCGGCUUACUGCGGCAAUGGCUGCCAGAGCCAGUGCAGCGGCGUUGGUGGCUCCGGUGUUGCCUCUCUCAUCAGCUCAUCACUGUUCGACCAAAUGCUCAAGCACCGCAACGACGCGGCCUGCCCGGCUAAAGGAUUCUACACCUACAACGCUUUCAUUUCUGCGGCGAAUUCCUUCAGUGGCUUUGGGACAACUGGGGACGAUACCACUCGCAAGAGGGAGAUCGCUGCUUUCUUGGCACAGACCUCCCAUGAAACAACUGGUGGGUGGGCGACUGCACCUGAUGGCCCUUAUGCCUGGGGCUACUGUUUUAAACAGGAGCAAGGCAAUCCCCCGGAUUAUUGCGUCCAAAGUUCACAGUGGCCUUGUGCUCCAGGAAAGAAGUACUACGGCCGAGGACCGAUACAAAUCUCCUACAACUACAACUAUGGACCGGCUGGUAAAGCCAUUGGCCAAGACCUGCUCAACAAUCCGGACUUGGUCGCCACCGACCCUGUCGUCUCCUUCCAAACGGCGUUAUGGUUCUGGAUGACCCCACAAUCCCCAAAACCUUCAUGUCAUGAUGUCAUCACCGGGCGGUGGACGCCAUCGGCUGCCGAUCGAGCGGCGGGACGUGUUCCGGGAUAUGGUGUCAUCACCAACAUCAUCAACGGUGGGAUCGAGUGUGGCAAGGGGCAGGACAGUAGUGUGGCAGACCGGAUUGGGUUCUACAAGAGAUACUGUGACCUUCUGGGAGUGAGCUAUGGAGACAACUUGGACUGCUACAACCAGAGGCCUUUUAAUCAAUAAGUUCUAUAACAAAUGCCUGUAAUAAUAAAGCUGUAAGACUACUUCGUAGUACUAAAUAAAUCAGCUUUCUUUGAGAUCUGAAAUAGUGUGGAUCUUAUAUAUCUUGUAGCCGUUAUAAUGGAAGUCUAAUGGUAAUCAAAUGAAGUUGACAAUAAAAGCAAAAGAAUAAAAGAAAGUUUGCUCAAUU